AGUAUGAGUUAUUGGAAACUCUCUUCAGGUGUAUUUUAUUGUCACGGAUUAGAAAAAAUCCAGGAAGUGACUGUCACUGUUUACAUCUGAUCCAAAAAUAAUAGGUUCCGAAACAAACAAUAAAAAACAAAAAAUAUAAAAAAAAAAAAACAAUUGACAAAUUGCAAAUGUACAAUCCCCUGCAAAUCUUUCUCCAAACAAAGAUCCCCAAGAUGCCUCCUUGCAAGUACUUUGCAAUUCCCUCCAUUCUCUUCUUCCUCUUAAGCUUCUUAAUCUUUCCAACCAAAGCAGCUCCAAUUUACAGUUCCCAUGCGUGCACAGACUCUUCUAAAUACCAACCAAACAGCACAUUCCAAACCAACCUCAACCUCCUCCUCUCUUCCCUUUCUUCCAACGCCACCCAAGGCGUCCACUUUUACAAAACAACAGUUGGCAGUGAAACCCCCAACGCCGUCAAGGGCCUCUUCCUCUGCCGCGGAGACACCCUCACCGCCGUGUGCCACGAUUGCGUCAACGCCGCAGCCAAAGACCUGACACGCCGGUGCCCAGUUGAGAAAGAGGCCAUAAUCUGGUACGACGUGUGCAUGGUACGCUACUCCAACCAAUACUACCUCAACAACAUAGUACCCGCAGUGGACAUGUCUGACUCCAAAAGCGUGGCUGGCGCUGAUCUUGACCGGUUCAACGAGGUGCUGGCGGGAUUGUUGAACGCUCUGGCAACGAAAGCUGCGAAUUCCGAGGAUGAGAAGUUCGAAACAGGGGAAGUGAACUUGACGAGUUCAGUAACCCUUUAUGGGUUAGUGCAGUGCACACCAGAGUUGUCCUUGUUCGAUUGCAACAUGUGUUUCAGAAGCGCCAUUGCGUCUGUUCCAAAUUGCUGUGAUGGGAAACAAGGGGCAAGGGUGUUGCUUCCCGGAUGCAAUAUCAGAUAUCAAGUGUAUCCAUUUUACAAUAGCACUAAAAUAUUGGCCACACCGGUUGUGAAGUCCCGUCCUUCAGGACGGAGUCGGGUUGAAGUGAUUCUUACAUUUGUUAUCCCUAUUGUUGCUGCCAUGGUGCUUUUCACUUUUGGUAUAUGUCAUGUCAUGAGAAAGCAAGCAAAGAGUCUGAAACAAUUAUGGAGGAAAACGAAUUACUCUGAAGGUGUAGAUGAGAUUGAUUCUAUAAACUUACGGGGAUAAGAGAUAGUCAUCGGUAGUUUAAUGGGACAAUAAUGCAAGACAAGGUUGAAAACGUUAGAUUGCUAAGCUGUGUAGUGAUGAAGUCUCUGAUGCAUUCAUCUACCUUUUUGUCUUUCGAAUCUGUGCAAAGGAUGCGGUUGCAUUUUAUCGUUCAACGGGCAAUUUGGCAAUUGGCAUGUGGUUGUGACUUGUGAGAUUGAAGUAGUAGCUCUCUGCAUCAGCAUCCACAAUGUCUAUGUUUGCUGUAAUUACUUUUCCAGCUUGAGUCAUUGUUUAGAUGUAAAAAUAAACUUGUUUAGGUUAGAUAUCCAUGGAGCAUGUGUGUGGGAUAGUGUUUUUAUUUGAGUAAUCAUUAUCUUACAUAUCCAAAAAUAAUUCACUUAGUAUUUAUUGUCGUCUUAUUAUCA